CUAAAAAAGUUGAAAACACCUGUCGAACAGAAAAGUGUUUUUUGAAGAGUAUAAAAGUAGCAGCAAUAUCGAUCUUUCUAUAAGUCUUUAUCAGUUCUUGGAAAGAUGAAAACCUCUUUGCAACUUGUUGUGUGCUUCUUCGGUUUGAUUAUCGUUUCUUAUGCUCAGAAUACUGAGCAACAGUACGACAUUGUUCCCGGCAUAAAUGAUUUUCCAAAGCCAUUUGCCAGAGCUCUCGGUAAAUUCAACGCUAACGCUCGUGAGUGGUACGGAAAAAUAGACCAAGCUAUGUACGACGCUCAUGAUGCAAUCCUGAAGAAAGCAAACAUAAUCUAUACGCAAUACAGAAAUUUGGCGACUAAAUUGCGUGAAACUUCAGACGCUUUCACCGGCAGUGCGGAUGAAAUUGCUGAUGUCAAAAACGCUGCGAAUGAUGUUCUUCAUGACAUGGAUCAAUCAGACAAAUUAGAUGUGGAUAUUAUAAUCGCUCCGCUGACUGGAAGACCAAUGAUGGGAGACAAUUUAAUGACAUACCCCUCUGAGGAUCUACAUGCUCUUUUACGUCUUCCAUAUGACACUCUAUUCAAUUUCUUAAUCAUCGAAAAAACCAAAAGCGAAGAUUGUGUAAAAUCCGUUUUUUCGGCAGCAACCAAAUACUACGAGGAAAAAUUGAAACGUUACUAUUAUGAUGAAGUGCUUUCGUACUCUACGGACCCUGAUACAUUAUUUAAAGAACUUGAUGGAAAAAUGGAAGCUGCCAGAAAAGGUGCGAACGAUUUAAUCGCGAAAAUCAAGAUAUGCGGUAAAUUAGAUUCAAAAACAAAUUGCGUGAAGGAAAUUCAUGACAAAUACAGUGAUUCAAGUGACCUAGCGGAACAUUAUCUAUUCAAGGAUGUUACGAGUUAUGCUCAAAGCCUUAGUAAAUCGUUGGACUUCCAAGCUCCUGGAGGCCCUGAUACGCUACUGGGUCGUUUUGGCGAAGAAUACAAAAAAACUGUAGCAGACGCAUUUGCCAACUGUUCGAGCUGAUCAGUCUAUUGACUGAUUUUACCUUCGAUACACUUUUUUCAUUUUUUUAGAGGAUUUUGUGACACGAGAAAUAAUUUGGAUCGAAACUUUGAAUUUCAUUAAAUAAAUUAUUUGCACUGUC